AUGGUCAGUAUUGAGAAAUUUAAUUUUGUUUUCUUCAUUUCGCUGGCAUUUGUUGCAACUGGCGAUCGAAUACCCAAUGAAUAUCCAGUGGUAUCUAAUAAUUAUGGAGCUGUUGGUAGAAGUUCUACGCCAGCAAGCCAGUAUGUCAUUUUGCCAGUAGCGAAUGCAGCAUACACAAAUUCUGGCGGUGUCACCUAUGCUGUUGUUGGUGGCUAUAAUUAUGGUGCAUCCAUUCCCAAUUAUGGAUUUGCAGCAUCCAAUCCUAUUCCAAUUUAUGUAGCUCCUGGUUUACAAUAUGCUCCUGCAGGCACAUCGACAAAUCCCCAAUAUGCUUCAGCUGCUAGUCCUCAAUAUGUUCCGAAUGGCCCUGGUUCACAAUAUUCUUUACCAAAUUCCAUCUAUAACCCAGGAGGCUUUGUCGCACCUCUCAUUCCAACUCCAAAUUAUGCCUUAUCGCCAACAUCAUCUGCUACAAAUAAUUAUCAUCCUUUGCCUUCUCAACCUAUUUACAGUGGACCAGGUUUGAAUGGAAAUAUUUACAGAGUUCCUAGUAUUAUUAAUGCCGCAUCGCAACCGUUGCCUGUCUACAAUACUGGAAGUAAUCAAUAUCCAAGUCAUUCAGGUUUUAUUGGUACCAGCAAUAAUAAUCAACUUCAAGUACCAGCUGGGACCAGUUUAACAUAUUUUACGAAUAAAAACCCUGCUGCCAGCACUACCACCACUGCAAGUGCCACAUCAACGAUAGACAAUGGGAGUUCUGCUACCAAUAUUGAUGCUGCUUUUCAUGAAGAUGGACUCACUCCACCCUCUGUAACCUACUCAUCUCCUGAAGAAUCUAAUAAGAAUUCGAACACAGUUCCUGAUUCUAUUGCUGAUGCUAGCAACACGGAUCCUCUGGUCACUUCAAGUUCUGAGAAUUUCGCAAAAUCAGUUGAACCUGAACCUGCCCACACCUAUUCCGAUGAAGAGGGCUAUCGUUACAAAAAUCCACAUCAUAAAUGA